UAUCUAUCUAUCUUCCUGUUUUUUCUAUCUAUCCAUCUAUCACUCUGUCUAUCUGCCUGUCUGUCUGUCUAUCAUCUAUCAAUCUGUCCGUCCCACGUCUCGCUGUUUCUUCAAUGUCUCAAGCAGGACCGGCAAUGUUUUAGACACUGUGUCAAGUCAAGUUAAGAGCUUCAGGUUUUAUAAACGCAUGUGAAGACACCUUGCGCCGUGUCUAGACUGUUUUAAGCGCAGGUGUGAAAAUGAUUGAAUGUUCUGAACAAGUUCAGAUUCCAAAGAGGCGAGAGGCGUUUUUGUUUUUCUUCUUCUCUGGUGUGCCGAGGGGCCACCGUGUCUUGUAUGUUGACUGUUAUAAUUCUGUUACGAAUGUUGGCAACGAUGCUAACAUACAAAUACAAAAUACAGCAUCAGAAUAUAAGCUCCAGGUAAAAGUAAAUAAGACGGGAAUACUAUUACUAUUGUAUACAACAAAUCCUCAAAGUAAUAAUAAUAAUACCAAACUGGACAACAAUAAAUAAUUGUUGGUUUAUAAUGAUAAUAAAUAACAACUGAAUUCCAAAAUGUUUCCUGGUGAAGUAGUCGGUUUUGCUUAAUGAUUUAAAAUACAUUUUAUGUCAUAUUUUUGUAAUGGGGGUUGCUUGGGGCUUCAGAACUCGUAAACCCACCCCUGACCGGAGUGUGUGAGUGUGCAUACAGUAUACAGUGCAUACAGUGUACAUCACGUCUCUGUGUGUAAGAAUAUCUGCACGCUAGGGCACUAAAUAGGGUAACUGUCCAUGGAAACAGCUGUUGUGACAGAUCAGUCAUAGAGCAACCAGUCAGGACUGGCGUAUCACUAUAAACACAAGGAGAGAAACUAUGGCUGGUAAAAACUGCAGGAAAGAGUAUCUGUCAGUGAAGGAUCUAGAGAGAGUUUUGGACUCGUGCAAGUUAAAUCUGCAUCAAAUCGAUGAAGUUUGGCCAAACCUGUUUAUCAGCAAUGUAGGAAUAGCACAGAACAGAAGCGUACUGCAGAAACUCGGUAUCACUCAUAUUCUGAACGCCGCUCACUCCAAGAGAGGAAGCAUCGGGGACCAAAACUACUACGGUACCAGCUUUGUUUACUGCGGUAUACCCGCCGAAGACUCCACACACUUCGAUUUGGACGUUUACUUUAAACCAGCAGCCGAUUUCAUUCAUAAAGCCCUGAACACUCCUGAUGGAAAAAUUCUGGUGCAUUGCAUCAUGGGAAUGAGUCGUUCCUCGUCACUGGUUUUGGCGUAUCUGAUGCUGUAUCACGACAUACCUCUACACACGGCCAUCCGGCGUGUCAUCCAGAAACGAGCCAUCUACCCCAACAGGAACUUCCUGGCUCUGCUGUUAGAUCUGGACCUACAGAGGAAGAGGAAACACAGAACAUGUGUCCUGCUGUAAACAACGAAGAGCAAACGAAUGAAUGAAUAUUAAACGGCUGCUUUAUAUGAUGAACGGUGAUGAUGAAGGUUGCUGGAAUACGAAGAGUCUAGCUGAACAAGACGUCCUGCUGGUUAAGCUAGCUAAGACGCCUGGUGGGGACGCCAGCAUACCAUCAUCCGAACACAACGCUGGUCUUUUAAACAGGAUGCAUUAUAAAUACUGUGAAUUCUGACCACUGUAAAAGACAUAAAAAGCACGUCAUACACAAACACACGCAUUCAAGCACAUUUACAGAGCUUAGAUGAUCCAGAAACAUAUUUAGAGAUCCGAAAAUAACAAAGAAUAGUGCAUAAAUGCACUCAUACACAAACAACACGCUACCUCUCAUGUAAUGCACACAAACACUGGACCAAAACACGACAAACUCAUGCAGACACACUGAAGAAAACGUGUCAUUACAUUAAAUUAUAAAACAUCAAAGCAAGAGUCUCAAAUGCAACUUCACUUUUAUGAGCCAAGGCUCACGGGAAUAUUACGGGUUCAGCACGAUUUAAGCUCAAAUCAACAUCAUCACUUACAAUGGAAGUCAAUGGGGCAAAUUUUUAGAGGGUUUUAAAUGCAGAAAUGUGACGCUUAUAAUUUUAUAAAAGCACUUACGUUAAUUCUGUUAAACGUGUGUAUUAUUUACGGUUGUUAUAGGGUUUUGUUGUCAUGGCAAUAAAGUUGUAAAAUUGGAUAUAACGAUUUUAUGCCAGUAAAAUAUUUUGUUUACGUCCUGUGUCUAUACUUGUGAAACUGUGAGUAUUUUAAUGUUUACAGAUUGACCCCCAUUGACUUCCAUUGUAAGUGUCUCACUAGAACACACAUUUAAAGGAGGGGACGAGCCGAAAUAUAUUUUUAUGCUGAUCAACAUUGACACAAAUGCUGUCGAUUGAGCUGAACAUGUACACUGUAUAUUCCUUUAAGUGUCCAAAUAUGUUUAUACUGUAUAUGGCAUAUACUGUACAUUAAAUGCUUUAUGUUAAGUUGUUAUAAAUGAGUGUUUCA